GGAUUGCUCUUUGAGCUCGAAUUGAGAAAGUACAGAGUACCAGAUAGUCAGAUCCCGUUCAAGUCUAUUUCAUGGCUGACCAGAAUGAGAUUCACAUUGUGAUGUUACCAUGGUUAGCGUUUGGUCACAUGAUACCCUUUCUGGAGCUCUCUAAACUCUUAGCACAGAGAGGUCACCGUAUAUCUUUCGUGUCCACGCCCAGAAACAUCGCUAGGCUCCCAAAACCUCCUCCAAAUCUGGCGCCUCUCAUCAGUUUUGUGAAGCUCUCUUUACCUCACGUCGAUGGCUUGCCGGAGAACGCCGAGGCCACCUCCGACGUCUCCUACGAAAAGAUCCCUUACCUUAAGAAGGCCUUCGAUGGUCUAGAGCAACCAUUAACUCGUAUCCUUGAGAUAUCCCCUCCAGAUUGGAUUAUUUACGACUUCCCUCCUCACUGGUUGCCACCCAUUGCGUCCAGACUUGGCGUGCCAUGUGCCUUCUUCUAUACUUUAACCGCAGCCGCGAUUGCUUUCUUUGUGCCACCACGGACGCAGGGUUCAACUACCGUUGAUCAAAUCGAACACUCGAGAACGAAACCAAAGCACUUCACUGCUCCUCCCAAUUGGGUUCCUUUCCCUUCCGAUGUGGCGUUUCGUCUCCAUGAGAUUCUAAGAAUGUUUGAUCGCGUCGAUGCGAAUGCUUCCGGAGUGUCCGAUUUGUAUCGUUUAAGCUCGACGAUGAACGGCUGCAACAUCGUGGUCGUGCGAAGCUGUAUAGAAUUCGAGGCUGAGUGGCUUAAUCUUCUCCAAGGGGGAUUUUUUCAGAAACCAGUUAUUCCGGUGGGUUUAUUUCCACCGGAGACAAAAGAUACCGGAGAUGCUGACGAUGACGUAGAUGAGCGUUGGAUCGGAAUCAGCGAGUGGCUUGACAAACAGAGGGAAGGAUCGGUGGUGUAUAUAGCUCUCGGCAGCGAGGUAACACCGAGUCGAGAUGAAAUGAACGAGUUGGCUCUUGGGUUAGAGUUGUCCGGGUUGCCAUUCUUUUGGGUAAUAAGGAUGUCACCUGGACCGACCGGGUCUGAUUGCGUGUUGCCAUCCGGUUUUGAGGAGCGAACCGGAGGUCAGGGUUUCAUUUAUCGUGGUUGGGCACCGCAACUGAAGGUAUUGGCGCACCCUUCGGUUGGUUCUUUCGUGACUCACUGUGGUUGGAGUUCUAUCAUCGAAGGCUUUGCCUUGGGUUGUCCCCUUAUAUUACUGCCUCUAUUGAACGAUCAACCAUUGAAUGCUCGGCUGUUGCAAAGUAAGAAGAUUGGGUUAGAGAUUCCGAGGGACGAACGAGACGGGUCGUUGAGUAGGGACUCAGUGGCGGAAUCGCUAAGGAUUGUAAUGGUGGAGAAGGCCGAGUUCUUCAAGGCCCAAGCUAGAGAAAUGCAAGAGAUAUUCGGCAACAAAGCUCGUCAGGAUCAAUACGUCGAUGAUUUCACUCAAUACCUCGAAGACCAUGGCCGCCAAUGCUCGCAAUCGGUGAGGAUCGAAGAGAAAUCAAUCGUGUUCGGCCAAAACAUGUCCUUAUAA